AUGGCGGAUCGUGAUCGUCCACAGCCCCACCAAGUCCAAGUUCACACUCAGUCACGCUUCGAUCAAGGCGGCGGGAUGAAGUUCCCACAAAAGGGUCCAUCAACUAGCCAAGUUUUGGCAGUCGUCACUCUCCUCCCUGUCGGUGGAACCCUACUGGCACUUGCCGGACUGACCCUCUUCGGAAGCCUUAUUGGCCUUGCCGUCACCACCCCUCUUUUCAUCAUCUUCAGCCCGGUUCUUGUUCCGGCCGCCAUUCUCGUUGGCCUUGCUGUCACUGCUUUCCUUACUUCUGGUGCCUUUGGUCUAACCGGGCUGUCGUCGCUUUCUUGGGUUGUGAAUUCGUUAAGGCAGGUUACUGGGACCAUGCUGGAGCAGGUGGAUUACGCGAAGAAGCAGAUGGCAGAUGCGGUCGCGCACGUGGGGCAGAAAACGAAGGAGAGUGGGCAGACGAUUCAGCAGAAAGCACAGGAAAGCAAAGAAAGUAGCGGUGGUAGAACUUGA